CAGCUGCCCGCCCGCCAUGCUCGGCAUCAUCCAGCGUGCGUCUGCCAACUUCAAGAACACGGCCACGCCCGCCGGCUGGUCCCCACAAGACGACGUUCCCUCCGGCUUCUCGGCGCACCAAUCUCGCCUCGCCGUCCCGCUCAGCACCCUCGGCUCGUUCGCCUUCCGCUCCACCGGCAGCUACAGCCGCGGUACCCUCGUCUUUGAGCGCGCCGCCGAUGGCCACUCGGCGGCCGGCGCCGGGUUCGGCGGCCCGCCCGGCUACGACGCCGCGCACGCCGACGACAAGCCGCGCAAGGAGGGCAUGGUCGACGUCGCCGUCGAGGUGCGCACCAACAGCGACGGCCUGCGCGGCGAUUGCCGGCUCGAGACGAUCGAGGGCCACGAGCGUGCCGGCUUGUCGCUCACGACCCCUUCAUCGACGUCCGUCACCCGCAUCGGCGCAAGCCUGUCGUACCACAUCACCGUCACCCUCCCGUCCACGUUCACCUCGCUCGACACCCUCUCGGUCGAGACGACCGGGUUCCGCGUCAUCCUCGCGCCCUCCCUCUCGUCGGUGGACAUCACGUCGCUCGUCAUCUCGACCACCGACGCGCCCAUCAUCCUGUCGUCCACCCGCUGCGGCACCGCCUCGCUCAAGAACCAGAACCUCCUCGACCCGAACAAGCACGCGCUCAAGAACUUUGACGACCUCGUCCAGGGCUCGCUGUCGGCCCAAGGCCGCAUCGACAUCCAGUGCGAGAACGGGCCCGUCAGCGGAGCGUACACGACGCCGGGCGCGCUCGUCGUCGCGACCACCAACUUUAGCGUCAAGGGCGAGUUCAAGGGCGCGACGGUGCGCAUCUCGACCCAGAACGCCGAGGUGUCGGGCCGGUUCGACGCGCGGCGCGACAUCGUCGUCGUGACGCAGCACGGCAAGGUCGAGGGCGUGUUCAGGGCGCCGGCCGGGUGCGAGGUCAAGGGCCAGUACGUCGGCGUCAAGGGCGAGUUUGACGUCGGGUCGCACCUGCGUCUCCUCACCUCGGUCUUCCGCAUCGACGCGACGAUCCGCCUCCUGUCGCCCGCCUCGUCGACCACCUCGCCCGCCGGCGCCGCACCCGUCACGCGCACGCUCUCGAACGCGACCUCGUCGACGGCCGCCGACCUCCCGCCGACGUUCGAGGACGCCCUCGCGUCGUCGAGCGCGUCGGGCGCCGCCCUCGGCGUCGUCACGGUCCAGGCCGAGACGACCGACGCCGGCGUCGAGCUCGUGUUCCCCGAGGCCGUGCCGAGCGACUGUGCGCUGCGGGCGACGGCGAGGAGCAGCGGCGGGAGCAGGGUCGCCGUCACGCACGCGAGGGGGUGGGAGGGCAGGUUCUCGGCGUCGACCACGAUCACCCACACGGCCUCGCUCUCGUCCCUCGCCAACGCCUCGUCGCCCAUCCACUACGACACGCAGAAGCGGUCCGAGGUCGCCGGCUUUGUCGGCUCGGGCGCAGGUGCCGGGGCCGGCGACGGCAGGAACCGGACGCACGUCGAGAGCGACGGGCCCGUCGAGAUCGUCUUGCUGUAGCGAGCGAGGGCCGGAAAAGGAGCGACGCCGCCGCGAGCGGCUUGUACUACUAUGCAGCUCUCUUUCUCGUC